CCUAUAUCUUCCCUUCCCUCGGCUGCUUUCCUGUCAAGGCUAGGCGUGCCCCAUAUAGCAAGGGGGAAAGGCAGGGGAAGAAACAGAUCUCUGACAGCCUACUUUGCUCUUGCUUGCUCUACCCAAAGAUGUCUUAUGACCCUUCCUUCAUCAGCACAAGACCUGGAGAGGAUCUUGAGGGUGGCAGCUUCUUGGAGGAAAGCAGCGGUGUGGGUGAUGACAGUAGUGUCCUGGGAGGGGACAGCCCGGUCACGGGGCCUCUGGGUGCAGUGCUGCUCAUCAUGUGCCUCACUGGGAUGGUGGGGAACAUCUACACCGUGCUGGUGGCCUCUGGCAGGGUGUCAGGCCACUCAGCGGGCUCCUUGGGGGUCUAUGUGAUCAACCUUGCCCUGGCUGAUCUCCUGUACCUCUCCACCAUCCCCUUUGUGGUCUGCACCUACUUUGCCCAUGACUGGUUCUUCGGGGACGUGGGCUGCAGGCUUUUGCUCAGCCUGGACCUCCUCACCAUGCACGCCAGCAUCUUCCUCCUGACCGCCAUGAGCCUGGAGAGGUACUGGGCAGUGGCCAGGCCGCUGCGGGCCAGGCAGGCCGGCAACGCUUGCCGCAAGCUGGCCAGCGCCGUCCUCUGGCUCCUCUCGCUCCUGCUUACGGCUCCCAUGAUGGUGAUGACCCAGCUGCGGGAGGGGGACGGCCCCCACAAGCGCAUAUGCAUUCCCACCUGGACACCGGCAGCCUUCCGGAUCUACCUGACAGUGCUCUUCACCACCAGCAUCCUGGCACCCGGCGUGGUGCUGGGCAUCGUCUACACCCGCCUGGCCCGUGCAUACCGCUCCUCUGCAUGGGGCCCGGGGCUGCCGGUGGCCGGCAGGGCCCCUGCCCGGCAGCUCUUCUCCAGGAUCUCCACCAUCGUGGUGGCCUACUGGGCCUGCUUCCUCCCCUUCUGGGCCUGGCAGCUGGCUGGGCUCUAUUGGGGUGAGGGGCUGGGCAUUGGUCCCACCACACAAGCCUAUCUCAACUUUGGGGUCACCUGCCUGGCCUACAGCAAUAGCUGCGUCAACCCCUUCCUCUACACCCUGCUCGCUGGCAGCUACCACCGGCGCCCCAGGGUGGGCAUGACACGGCCACCAGCACCAUCCUAGGGGCCAUGGAGGGGCCAGGGGGAGGCCACAGCAUCCCUCCAGCUUUAUAGAAUUAUAGAAUCACAGACUGGUUUGAGUUGGAAAGGACCUUAAGAUCAUCU